UGUCAUCCAAUCCUACCCUCCGCUCAAUCUAUCAACUUCAAAAAAAAAUUCACCAACACUACUCCACUUUUCUUUUCUCUCUCUUCCCUACAUCCACCACCACUCGCUAUGGAUACCCUCCUCCACCCUUCAACAAGUUCCAUGGCCAAACGCCCUUGCCCUUCUUCCGCCGAAAACCCUAUGCUUCCUUCUUUCUUCUCUCAAAUGGACAACCUCCUCCUCUCUUUCCUUUCUCUCUCCGAUUCCUCUCCUCCUGUUUCCCUCGACCUUUCCUUCGACCGCCUCCUCGAAUCUGCUCCUUCCGACGCUGAUCAGUCUCUCCUGAUCGAUCGUGCUCACAAUCUCGGUUCCCUUCUCCUCCGUGCCGCCAAUCGCUCUGCUCGGAAACGUGCUUCGCUUCAUAACUCCAUCGCCUGGGCCCUCCCCCCUGAUCUCACCAUCAAGGUGUUUUCGAUGUUAGAUUCGCAGAGUCUUUGUUACGCCGCGGCAACGUGUUCGAUGUUUAACAAGUGUGCCAUGGAUCCUUUGUGCUAUGCCAAUAUUGACCUCACCACUGUCGUGCCUAAGGUUAAUAAUGCCGUUGUCUCCACCAUGAUCCAACGAGCGGGAAAAUCGUUCCGAUCUCUUAAGCUUGGAAUUGUACCUGGCCCAACUUCGUCUCCUGGUUCCUGCCAACCAUUGGUUUAUAGCAUCAGGAAUUCUGUAGAUGUAUCUAGCUUUUCUUGGAAUGACAAAAAGACCAGGCAAGGGAAGGAAUCAUCUAUUCUUACAAGGUCCUGCUUAUACCCAUUAAGUGGGGACAAUGGUGCCGCUGGGACUCUUUUGAGGAGGUUGCAUCUUUACAAUAUUGAAAGAAUGGACAAUGCAUCACUUUGUGUGGCAUUAGCUGCUUGCCCUUCUUUACUUGAUUUGGAAAUUGUUGGCCUUCAUGUUGAGCUGAGGCAAACUCUGAUGUCAGUGAGCUCAAAUUGUCACUUGAUAGAGCGUUUAUUCUUCGAGUCUUCUAAAACAGGAAGGGAUGACAGCUUGAAAUCGCCUACAUGUGUGGAUUUGGUGAACAAUUGUCCUAAUAUUUCUUAUUUGUCGCUGAGAGGUUUUAAACUUCAUGAUUAUAAAGUUCGCAUUCUUGUUAAGGGAUUCCGGAAACUUAAAUAUGCUGAUUUUUCAACUUCUUACUCGAUCAGUGGAACAUUUUUGAGGAAUUUGGGAAGUGGCUUUGGUGGGAAUCUACUAGAGGUUUUAAUUUUAAGGGACUGCAUGCAUCUCAAAGAGGUGGAAGUUGCUCGGUUCUUGACAGCAGUUCUUGCAGGAGAUUUUAAGUUCCUUCGAUAUCUUGACAUAUCUAAUAGGGAAGGUUUAGCUUCUGAAGGUGACUGGUAUCAGAGAUCUUACAACUCGAGCAUUAUUCCCUUAAAGCAGGUUUUGGAAGUAAGACCAAAUAUUUGUUUGCUGGCCGAGUUUCCAUCAGAAGGAUGCUAUAUUGACAUAGACCACAUGUUUGAUAGUGAUGUUAACAGUGAAAUCAGUCUGCCAUCCCAACUGAGUAGUCAUACAUCUGAUGGUUCAUUGCUUAUGAGUUCAUCAGAGAGCAGCUAUAAUAGUGAUCAGGGUAGCGGUAAUGAGGAGUAUCAAGUUUCGGGUUUUGUAAUUUAUGAGGAAAGCUCAGAUGAGGUGGAUUUUCUGGUUGUCUAGAAGAACUGCCAUGCUAAGCGGCAUGAAAUUUGCUGUCACUAAAUAACUGGCAUUGGAGGGAGGCUUUUUCAGGGUGGAAGCUGAAGAGGUGGACAAAAUACGAAUUGCAUUGUGAGCGGCAGUAUGUCAUCCUUAUUGUCCUUUAUGAUAAUCCGAUGCUGCUGACAUAUCCAAAAGGUCAGAUUGCUAUGUCCCGGUUGGGGAAGAAGGGGGGGGUGCUUUCAUCUACUUCACUGAGUUAGUUAUCAUCAUAAAAGAAAAGGCUAAAGCCUCUGGGGACCUUUUGUUCCCCCUCUUUGUACCCGCUACUUCAACAGCAGCUAUAAACAUAAGUAGAUGAUGGAAGCGGGCAAGGGCAGUCCACGCUCAAGCUCUUGCUGUUGAAAUUUGUAGGAAUGUGGCCUUGGUUGAAAUGUUUGUUUCGCCAAUUGCCGAAAGGAAUUUGUAGAUGGCAAAGCGAAAUGGAUUGGAUAAAUCUUUCGAUUCUCUUUCUAGGCUGUAGCCAACCAUUUUUACUUUUGGUCAGCCUAUAAUUGCUCCUCGUCAGUUGUCACAUUUACCAUCAUCUCAAUACCUCUCUGGUUUAUGAGCUC